UGGCAAAGCCUAUUCACUCACGCCGAGCACCCGGUUGGGCGAUAGCAGGUGUUGCGUCUGUGAUCCGGCGGGGCGUCUUUCCAUCCACGCACGGAGCCUGUUCCCCUUUUCUUCUUAUCGGUCUACCAAGUCACAAUGCCAUCACUUCCUGCAGAAGCUGAAAUGAAUGCACUGUCUUGCUCUCACAUCUCAGCGAGUUGCAUUCCCAAUGGAAACCUGGAGAAAGAGCCGUGUAACAGCCCUGAGAAGGAGAGGAAAUGGAUCAGGCCUGAUGCCCCAAGCAAGUGUACCUGGGAGCUUGGGAAAUCUCCAUCCGAAUCACCCCAUCGUCAUGUUACGUUAUCAAAGGCUCCAAAUAUUUUGCCAGAUAUACUCAAGAGAAUUGGUGACACUCCCAUGGUGCGAAUCAACAAGAUUGGAAAGCAACUUGGACUUAAAUGUGAACUCUUGGCAAAAUGUGAGUUUUUUAAUGCUGGAGGAAGUGUGAAAGACCGAAUCAGCCUAAGAAUGGUGGAAGAUGCCGAAAAGGAUGGGAUUUUGAAACCUGGAGAUACUAUUAUUGAACCAACUUCAGGAAACACAGGGAUUGGACUGGCCCUGGCAGCUGCAGUGAAAGGCUACCGCUGUAUCAUCGUGAUGCCAGAGAAAAUGAGCAUGGAGAAGGUGGAUGUGCUGCGUGCUCUUGGGGCCGAAAUUGUGAGGACUCCAACUACUGCUAGAUUUGACUCUCCAGAAUCUCACGUUGGGGUGGCGUGGAGACUGAAAAAUGAAAUCCCCAACUCCCACAUCCUGGAUCAGUACCGCAAUGCCAGUAAUCCCCUGGCCCAUUAUGAUACAACCGCUGAGGAGAUCCUACAGCAGUGUGAAGGCAACGUAGACAUGAUUGUGGCUGGAGCUGGUACAGGGGGCACCAUCACUGGCAUCGCCCGAAAAAUAAAGGAGAAAUGCCCUGAAUGCAAAAUCAUAGGUGUUGAUCCUGAAGGAUCCAUCCUUGCAGAGCCUGAAGGACUAAAUGCAUCAGACAAGACCACUUAUGAAGUGGAAGGGAUCGGAUACGAUUUCAUCCCUACAGUUCUGGACAGAUCACUGGUGGACAAAUGGUAUAAGUGUAAUGAUGAGGAAACUUUUGCCUUCGCGCGCAUGUUAAUCAGAGAUGAAGGUUUGUUGUGUGGUGGCAGUUCAGGCAGCGCCAUGUCUGUUGCUGUGAAGGCUGCCAAACAGCUGAAAGAAGGUCAGCGCUGCGUUGUCAUCCUUCCUGACUCUGUCAGGAACUACAUGUCCAAGUUCUUGAGUGACAAAUGGAUGUCCCUAAAAGGCUUCAUGACAGAAGAGGAUGAUAUUAUUCACAGACCUUGGUGGUGGCACUUGAAAGUUCAGGAGUUAUGUCUCUCUGCUCCCCUGACAGUACUACCAAGUGUCACCUGUGAAAAGACCAUUGACAUACUCAGAGAGAAAGGAUUUGACCAGGUACCAGUGGUUGAUGAAUCUGGAGUGAUUUUGGGAAUGGUCACCCUUGGCAACAUGCUUUCUUCAGUGCUUGCUGGUAAAGUACAGCCGUCAGACCAAGUCAACAAAGUAAUCUACAAGCAGUUCAAAAAGAUUCAUCUGCAGGACAACUUGGGGAAGCUCUCUCAUAUUUUGGAAAUCGAUCACUUUGCUCUGGUGGUACAUGAACAGAUUCAAUCUGCCGUGGAGCAAGCUAAGGCUGAUGCCUCAACACCUAAAGUGACACUUUUCUUACAAGAUCACAGCGAUGGCAAAUCCAGUAAACGGCAAAUGGUGUUUGGUGUUGUCACGGCAAUUGACUUGCUCAACUUUGUGACUGCACGGGAACAGCGAAGCAAGGCAACCUCAGUCCAAGAAGCUUGUUGAUCACAGUUCCUUCAGUGGCUUUUCAUUUCCUUUUCAUUUCUUCUUUUUUCCUGCCCUUUCUGUUAGAACAGCCUCAAAAAUAUGUUUUGCUCUAAACAAAUAACCCCAGAGUCAUUGGUGGGAUACCUUUGCUGUAAACAAGACUCUGCAAUUAUAACUUCCAGCACACCAAAAUGUAAGGUACCGAAGUACACGGUAGUCCUUGGGUUAGCUGGUGUUCAGUGAGAAGUUGCCUUCUUUGCUGAUAUAAAAGUGAGCUGGAGGAACAACGUGGUGGGCUCAGGCCAUGGAGGUAUGUGAUUGUGGCUGUGGGGGGACGUCCUCCCA